GAAUAUUAAUUGACCCAGAACUUGUGAAUAGAGCUCAUAGCAUGUAUACUUACCAUCUUCAGCUUGGUUGGCAUUCUAGUAUUCAUUAUUUGACAAAUUCCAGUACAGAAAACUACUUUAAUUCUGUAAGUGAUACCCUUGAAAAUGAAAUUAAUCCUAUAGAUAAAACCUCAGAUGACGAAUUGAGCCAGUUUUAA